UUAUAAUAACUGCAUUUUUGGGCAUACUGUGCAACAUCAAAAGACGUCACAGUGACUGACUGCUCGCAGUACACUGAACAUGGGAGUGCCAAAAACCAGGCAAGCAUCGAGGCUACCUUGCAUCCUGACCAUGCUCAACUGACCGUGGCACAUGACAGCACUUCAGAGCACAACAAUUCCUUUGGUGUCUUGAAGAAAGAAGAUCUAGAUUUGCAGAAGCUACAUGAAGUUUUCAAAGACAGGCUCAUCGACAUGGAUCAUUGCCAGUUCAAACAGGUUCAAAAAGAGAGAGGUUGGACUGUUUCCGGACUGGUGACGCAGAGGAUUGUGACGACUCAGACAUCCACAAUUAGUCAGAGUGACCAACAGGCAAGCUCUAUAGGAGGCAAGAUUGGGCACAUGAUCACUAAGAUUGGCCUAAAUGUGAAUGCAGAGAUAUCCAGAGGAAGAUCUUCAUGCCUGACUCUACCACCAAAUACGACCAUUGCUUACAGGAAACAAAAACUAAGUGUGCAACCAAACGGAGUCUUUGACCUGAAUCCCAUGCGCAUGGUGCUACACUCAGGUCGCCUUAAGCUGCCGAGCAGCACCUGGCUAACAGAGGAAGUUGCCGAGCUGAGUCCUAACUUUGAACUGCUUUCGGGUCUCAAAGCGUCAGCCAGGGCCUCUCUGCUCCAGCACCUCGUUUCAGCCAUGAGGCAGUGCGGGACAGUCAAUCUACUGGAGAGGGUGCUAAGCCAGAUGCUCGAUGGCGAACUCCCCUCUGUGGUCCGUGUUGAGGUCGAGCCUCAGAGAGAGGCCCUCCAGGGCAUACUGGAUGUCCUGUCUGACAACGGACUGGAGACCGAGGACCCCAACAGUCCUCUCCGUGCUUUUCACCUCGUUACCAGUGCCCUGGCUGAAAUGCCGGAUGACGGCCUUGCUGUCCUGGUGUCGAGCUGCACUCCCCCAGAUCCCAAGAUGCUGAGAUCCCUGGAGCUGCUGAUGCAGUGUUUUAUCGAGAAUGGGGAGAUGUCUCUGAGCAGUGAUGACCUCGCUCCCCUGACCGGGGAGACCUUCCAGUUGACAGAGGUGCUCUUCAGCUCCUGUGGAGUGGGUCUGCAGAGAGACGGAGACGUGCUGAGGACGGAGCUCAGCAAUUGCUGCGAGCCGCAGCCUCUCAUCCUGUACAUUGCCAUCAAAGGCCUUGCUUCCCUAGCCUGGUGUUAAUUAGGGACAGGAAUCACCAGGAUGCUCACAAUAUGAUAUCACAGGGGUUUUCGUAGACCAUUAUUAUAUGGAUUGCGAUUCUUUGUAUUUUGCGAUACAAUGAUAUUCCCACUUUUGGUGAAAUGUUAUCUUUUGUUUCUGGCUUUCUAUUAUUUCUUUAAAAAAUUUUAUUUUAUGUCACCCUGACAAUUGUGGAAGCAAAGAAUUUAGAUUCUCACAUGAAUUUGAUGUUUUUUAUAAAAUUUGUUUUCACAAUGUAGGAUUCAAUUUUCUAUGCCAAAAAAAAGAGUACUGUGUUGUUUAACCUUCUCAAUCUCAUUGCGUUUAAAUCAUUGAACAACCUUAAUAAAGACAACAAUCAAAUUUGUUAUUUACUGCA